UUUUUUCCUCUUCUCUCUCUCUCUCUCUUUCUGAAUUUCCUUUCUAUCUCAUACACUCGAAGCAUCACACUCACAACCAGAACUACUAGUACUGCUGUAAAUGGCAUCUUUUGAGGAAGCUUCAACCCUAGAACUCAUUAGACAACAUCUUUUGAGUGACUUUACCUCCAUGGAGACCUUAAUCUCCAAUCUCGAUGUUUUUAACUCCAACAUCUCCCAAAACCGGUCAACCAAAACUUCGGACCUCAAAAAUGGCAACAUCAGCACUGAUGUUGAAAUCUCUGCUUAUUUGCUCGCCAAGGAAGAGCCCAUCACCUAUUCUUCUAAUUCUUUCGACCAAACCAACUCUGACCUCGACACAAAACCCACAACCUUCCGCUCAAAUCCCCCAAAACCUUCCAACUUAAGCCAUCGCAGACCAUCCUUAAACCUCGAAAUACCACCAACACCAUUCGGUUUAGAUUCAAAGACCAUGCCGGAAACCGGAAGUAACCUGAACGUUGCGGAUGCUAAUGAAAGUAAGCAUUAUAGGGGAGUCCGGAGACGGCCGUGGGAGUUUGCGGCUGAGAUACGCGACCCCAAUAGGAAAGGCUCGCGGGUGUGGCUCGGAACGUUCGAUACGGCCAUAGAAGCUGCAAAAGCUUACGAUCGGGCCGCGUUCAAGCUGCGUGGAAGCAAAGCCAUCCUGAAUUUUCCACUAGAAAUUGCCGCGAAUUCUUCAGAGUAUGAUACUGCUGCUUUGAGCGUCGGAAAGAAGAGAAGGAGAGAGAGCGAUAGUGAAGAUAUCACAAACAGUACUGUACGGAGAAAGGAGUUGAAGGAAGAGCCAGUGGAGCUUGAUCGGGAAUUAACGGCCAAGAGUGUUUCGGCGGCGGCUCGUCCAUUAACGCCGUCAAGUUGGACCGAGGUGUGGGAUUGUGAUGUGAAGGGAAUUUUCAGCGUGCCACUGUUAUCGCCGUUAUCUCCGCACCCCUCGUUGGGAUACUCUCAGGUUAUGGUUACAUGAGAGGAGUCCGUUAGCACUUCCGUUAUUUCAUUUUCCGCAUCUAGAUCGCGAUAUGGACUCUUGACCAAGACAGCUCCGUAUGUGUGUGAGAGAGAGAGAGAGAGAGAGAGAGAGAGAGAGAGGCUGCGCAUACGCAGCUAACGGUGGCAUCACGGAGUUCACUAAAUUCGUACACAUCGGAAGAGUCACACUCGCAUGAUGACAGAAAUUUCAGAAAGGCAGUGACUUCUGGCUAAACUCACACGUGGGGCUCCGAUAGUGAUUUUUUUAUUUUAAAACAUAUUUUUUAAUAAUAUUGUAUUUAAAAAAAAAAAUACAU